AUGGAGAAACUAUCGGAAGACGUUUUAAACAACAUAUUCAUCCGAUUACCCGCGAAACAGCUUGUUCAGAUGAGACGUGUUUGUAAACCCUGGAACGCUUUCUUAUCGGAAUCCUAUUUCAUCAAAUCCCAUCUCAAUCAUUCCAUCCGCAACAAACAUAAUAAUGAAAUUGUCCUGGCCUUCAACGCUGCAAUUCGAUACAGAAAACAUGCUUUACCAUGCACAGUGUAUGACCUCUCCCAAUCUCCCGAUAUCAAACUCAAUGAUCUUGUUAAGUUACCCCAUAAUUUCCCACAAUCCGCAUUGCAUGAGUACGGCGGCCAUGUUAUAGGUUCCGUUAAUGGCUUAAUAUGUUUUUAUAUUGGGCGUUAUUAUGAUGUUAAAGGAAUAUACAUAUGGAACCCUUCUUUGUCAGCUGUAAAGCUUCUUCCUCCAAUUUCAGAGCCCUUAAUUCAAUAUGAUUAUAAGAAUAAUGGUCUACGUUCUAGAUAUAUAUUCUCUUUUGGGUUCGGGUUUGAUCCCAUGACAGAUGAUUACAAAGUUCUUAAGAUUACACAUGAUCGUGAUAAAUCAGUCUGGUUGCAAGUUGAGGUCUACAGUAUAAAAAAAGACUCUUGGGAAUUCAUUAUUGUUGAUGAUAGCUUUCCCGAAGAUGUUGUCGGUAUAUUUGUAGAUGAUCAUGAUGGCCAUCUUUAUGCUUUGAGUUACUUUAAAAAGAAUCACAUCCAAAAAAUAGUAGUAUUUGAUUUGGGUGUGGAGUCCUUCCGUCAGAUGUCUCUUCCAGAUUCCGUCGUAGCCAACUGCAACAUAUUGGGCAUGUUGGACGGAAAGCUUUGUUUGGUGUCAUAUACUCAACAUGAUGGUAAGUUAGAAGUGUGGGUGAUCAUGAACGAGUACGGUGUGGCUCGUGACUCUUGGGUCAAAAGCCACGUGCUGUCAAACUCUAUAUCGAAAGCAUGUGGAGACAUAAUUCCAUUUGGAUUCACAUCAAAUAAUAAGUUUUUUUUUUACGCAUAUUCUAGGGGUUUAUUAGGCGUGUAUGAUCAAGAGACAUACAAGGUUACAUACUUUGGGAGUUUUACAUCUGGCUUAGAUGAAGUUGUUCAGUAUGUCGACUCUCUUGUUUGGUACUCGUAA